AUGGCAUCGUACUACAUCGUCUCCUACUCCUACUCUGGCAGCGGCCAAACCGGCUACACGAACAUCGUGGAGGAGGCUCUAAAAGCCAAGUCGCUGGAAAGGUCCGGCGAACCGGAUUGGACUGCCCGGAUCGGUGAUAAGAGCAGCGGAAAGGUCGAGGAGCAUAAGAAAGCGGACGGCGGACUCGACGAGAGUGUUACUGAGGGUUGGGUAACUAAGGGCUUACACAAGGCUAUCGCGGAGUAUGAGGCUAAGAGUGAAAUCUAUCUUACCGACAUGACGGAGGACGAUUUGAAGUAG